GAGAGUCGCCAUAGAGUUGGGCUAGCCGCCUCCCACCAUAGGCCACCAUGUACUCCCUUACUUCUUCGAUUGUUACUAUUCUACUUUGUCUGAUCGUAUUGUGUCAAGGGCGACAUCUACAUAGUUUUCAACACAGAAAUCUGAGAAGACAGAGUAAUGCAUUAAAAGAUAACCAGAGACUAGCUGCAGAUACCUCCAUGUUCUCGACCGCCACUUCUGAAGGGUUUGGUUCAACUUUCUAUCCAACUUCAGAAAAUACUGAAAUUCCAAGUUCGGGUCCGCCCACCGCUACGUCGGAAUUACCAAUUUUCUCAACCGGCCAGACAGGAGAAACUGGUACUACUGAAGAACCAACUUCUACUCAAACUCCAACUACCAGCAGACCAGUUCCAACUACUGGAACACCAACUUCGACAACUGGUAGACCAACUACUGGAGUACCAAUUCCAACUACUGUUGAGCCAAUCCCAACUACUGGUGUGCCUAUUCCAACUACUGGUGAGCCAAUCCCAACUACUGGUGGGCCAAUCCAAACUACUGGAGUACCAAUUCCAACUACUGGUGGGCCGAUCCCUACUACUGGUGUGCCUAUUCCAACUACUGGUGGACCAAUCCCAACUACUGAUGGGCCAAUCCCAACUACUGGUGUGCCUAUUCCAACCACCGGUGGGCCAAUCCCUACUACUGUUGUGCCUAUUUCAACUACCGGUGGGCCAAUCCCAACUACUGGAGUACCAAUUCCAACUACUGGUGGGCCAAUCCCAACUACUGGUGUGCCUAUUCCAACUACUGGUGGACCAAUCCAAACUACUGGUGUACCUAUUCCAACUACCGGUGGGCCAAUCCCAACUACUAGAGUACCAAUUCCAACGACCGGUGGGCCAAUCCCAACUACUGGUGUGCCUAUUCCAACUACUGGAGUACCAAUUCCAACUACUGGUGGGCCAAUCCCUACUACUGGUGUGCCUAUUCCAACUACUGGUGGACCAAUCCCAACUACUGGUGGGCCAAUCCCAACUACUGGUGGGCCAAUCCCAACUACUGGUGGGCCAAUCCCAACUACCGGUGGGCCAAUCCCAACUACUGGUGUGCCUAUUCCAACGACCGGUGGGCCAAUCCCUACUACUGUUGUGCCUAUUUCAACUACCGGUGGGCCAAUCCCAACUACUGGAGUACCAAUUCCAACUACUGGUGGGCCAAUCCCAACUACUGGAGUACCAAUUCCAACGACCGGUGGGCCAAUCCCAACUACUAGUGUGCCUAUUCCAACUACUGGUGGGCCAAUCCCAACUACUGGUGUGCCUAUUCCAACUACCGGUGGGCCAAUCCCUACUACUGGAGUACCAAUUCCAACUACUGGUGGGCCAAUACCAACUACUGGGGUACCAAAUCCGCCUACUGAUGGACCAAUCCCAACUACUGCUAGAUCUGAUUUGACUACGGGUAGACCAACUGGUACUACUGGCGAAUUCACUAAUGAUUUGCCUAUCCCAACUUAAACUACUAUUGACUAACAUCGUUUAUCAACUACCACAAUUUACGCCAAUGGCAUCAGUUUCCAUUCCAACACCUUCAGAAUUCCCUUUUAUGGACAUUACUCCUAUACAUAUCCAUAUAAAAAUUAAUAUGUUGUAACGUACUAGUAUGCGGAUGUUCUUAAGGAUAACAUUUCUGUUAACAUAAACAGUGAGAAUGAUUUUUCAGAAUCAAACAUUUCGAUAUCAAAGUAUAUUAAAAACGACAAAUAUAUAUUUUACAUAUUAAGCACAGUAAUUAUAUAAUAAAUACUUAAAGUUUAAAUUGGUUUAAGGAAUGGUAAGAAAACUUCAAAAAUUAAUAAUGUUCUGCUAAUUUAUGUUUUGUAACCGGCUAGAAUUAAUAAAGUUAUGUUACGUUCAUACUAUCUUAGUUGAGUCAUAUAAUGGCAGGAAAUGGCGUUCAUUGUUUGAUCAGUGCUUAUGAGUACCUUAAAAAUGCAGAACUUCAAUGCAUUAUUGUUAAUUGGAGGAAUUUGGUUAUGUUACUUUCAUAAAUUUAGAAGGUCAAGUUUGAUUUUACGACAGUAUUGUUGGAAUAAUUUGUAAUUUAUAAUUGUACCUAAUAAUAAAACAAUAAAAUUCACAUAACGAGAAUAUAUUAUA